GUUUCCUACACGAUCUAGUUGUAUGAACUGACACCCGAUAUAAAUUAUCCGCUGAUUUAAUUUAAAUUGUGCGUUGUUUGCGGUUCUAAAUAUGACUUAUGCUAUCUCCAUUACAUAUUUUCCAUCUAUGGGUAUUCCAUUCUAUGGAUUGUAUGGAAAUCAAGCAAAUGUGUGUGAUUUUUGUCAGUGCAUAGUAAAUGCUAAGUGUUGGUGUUGGGCUAAAAAGACAUGAAUUUUAUGUGUAAAUAAGUUACUGUUUUCUUUUUGUUGGUUUAAACUCAAAUAUCGCAAUGAGUCGUCGUAGAGCUCAUGAGGAGGAUGAUGGAUAUGAACGGGCCUACAGGAAAAGGCGUAGAGUUUCUGAAAAUCAGGAGAUUGAAGAUCGCCUGGAAUCUCUUAUUUUGCGUGUUGGAGAAAAAAGUACUUCUUCUCUUGAGAGUAACUUAGAGGGCUUAGCCAGUGUACUUGAAGCUGAUUUAGGGACAUUUAGAAGCAAGAUCUUGCGUAUUUUAACGGAUUGUGCUAUUAAAAUGCCAGAAAAAUGUACCAUUUAUACUACAUUAGUAGGUUUGCUUAAUGCUAAAAACUACAAUUUUGGAGGAGAAUUUGUGGAGUACAUGGUAAGAACAUUUAAAGACUCUUUAAAAGGCUGUAAAUGGGACGCUGCCAGAUAUGCACUAAGGUUCCUAGCAGAUUUGGUCAACUGCCAUGUCCUGUCUGCCUCAUCCUUACUGCAACUACUAGAUAAUAUGAUUGAUGCAGCUAAUGAGGACAGUGUUCCUCAAGUACGCAAAGACUGGUAUGUUUUUACUAUUUUGACAACAUUGCCUUGGGUUGGAAGAGAACUUUAUGAGAAAAAGGAAAGUACAUUAGAACAUUUACUUGUACAAAUUGAAAUCUUUUUAAAUAAAAGAAGUAAGAAACAUCAUAAUGCAUUAAGGGUGUGGGCCUCAGAUACUCCUCAUCCACAAGAAGAGUAUCUUGACUGUUUGUGGGCCCAGAUAAGGAAAUUGAAGCAAGAUAAUUGGGCUGAAAAACAUAUUCCAAGGCCUUAUUUGGCAUUUGAUUCGAUAUUGUGUGAGGCAUUGCAGCAUAAUUUACCUACAAUUAUACCACCUCCACAUCAUGACUCUUAUAAAUACCCCAUGCCCUGGGUGGUUUUUCGAAUGUUUGACUAUACUGACUGUCCUGAAGGUCCUAUAAUGCCAGGAGCACACUCUAUUGAACGUUUUUUGAUUGAAGAACAUUUACACUCAAUUAUAGAGAACUAUCAUCUUGAGCGUAAAGAUUGUGCAGCUCAUUUGCUUAAUUUCCCAUACAAACUUAAAAUUCCUCUUGAAUAUUGUAUUGUAGAAGUGAUAUUUUCUGAAUUGUUUAAUAUGCCUACACCAAGAUACUUGGAAAUUGCUUAUGGUUCAAUUUUGAUUGAACUUUGCAAACUACAGCCUUCCACAAUGCCCCAAGUGCUGGCUCAGGCCACCGAGAUCCUUUUUAUGAGGAUUGACUCAAUGAAUGUUUCAUGUAUUGAUAGAUUUGUUAAUUGGUUUUCCUAUCAUCUUAGUAAUUUCCAAUUUAGAUGGUCAUGGGAAGAUUGGGAAAGUUGUUUAGCUUUGGACCCAGAGCAUCCUAAACCAAAGUUCAUUAGGGAAGUUAUGCUGAAAUCUAUGAGAUUGUCUUAUCGGCAGCGAAUAGUGGAAAUUCUCCCCGAGUCGUUUUCUUGUUUCAUUCCAGCAAAAGCAGAACCUGAUUAUAAAUAUGCAAAAGAAGGUGGUGCCCCAGUUCCUGGAGUGCAGACUGCUCAUCAGUUAGUUAUAUCAAUAAGACAGAAAUGUACCCCCGAGGAAGUGCUAGGCGUCCUUAAAGAUCUUCCUAAUCCUAGGUCCGAAGAAGAAGCCGAUAGUAGAUUUAAUCCGUUCAAAAUUGACGUUUUCGUACAGACGCUGCUAAAUUUGGGCUCGAAGAGUUUUUCUCACAGUUUCGCUGCAAUCUCCAAAUUCCAUUACGUAUUUAAGAUUUUGGCUGAGUCUGAGGAAGCUCAGAUUUGCGUCUUGAGGAACAUGUUCGAACUGUGGCACAAUCAUCAGCAGAUGAUGGUGGUACUGGUCGACAAGAUGUUGAAGACACAGAUAGUGGAAUGCUCUGCUGUGGCUAAUUGGAUUUUUUCGAAAGAGAUGCAGGUUGAAUUUACCAAAGUCUACCUGUGGGAAAUUCUGCAUCUGACGAUCAAGAAAAUGAAUAAGCACGUUAUAAAACUGACAGGAGAAUUGAAUGAAUCGCGUGAAAAAUUGGCACGCGCUGAGUCGAGUUCUAGCGAGUCCGAAGAUGAUGAUACUGUUUCGAAAAAGAAGGCGGAAAAUUCUGAAAAACCGACCGAAGAAAUGGUCGAAAGAAUGGAGGAGAAACUGGAAGCUGCUCAAGCUGAUCAGAAAAACCUAUUCUUGAUUGUCUUUCAAAGGUUUAUAAUGGUACUGUCCGAACAUUUGGUGAGAUGUGACACUGACGGGCGAGACUACAACACCCAUUGGUAUAAGUGGACCAUUGGAAGGUUACAGCAAGUAUUUCUCGAGCAUCAUGAGCAAGUUCAGAAGUACAGUUCGACACUGGAAACGCUCCUAUUUACUCAGGAUUUGGACCCUCACAUUUUAGAAGUGUUCCAACAAUUUGUUUCUUUACAAGCGUAAUUUUGACCCAUAGAAGAAUAAAAAAAUUAAUGAAUAAAAAGUAUUUUACAACGUGACCUUGCAUGGCGUUAAGGACUGUAAACAUUUUACUUUUGUAUAAAUAAUUAUUUAAAUAAAUAACAGGGAAGUUUUUAAUAAA